CUCCUUUUUGCACACACACGAAUACAAAGAGCCAUACGACCUUCGGGUUUAGCUGUGCCUUCCGGUGACUCUAACAACAGAGAAGCUGUAAAUGGAUUUGAGUUCAGUUCUUGCAAGAAGUGAAUAUCUGGCACAGAAAAGCAUUUUUUUUAAAUAAAAAGGGUAGAAAAAGCAAAUUAAAGUCUAUUCUUUAAUAACCCAAUGUAAUUAAAAUGUAUUGUCAGAUUUACGUUUUAGCACCUCAGAGGCAUUGCUAAUGCCUGUUUCUGAAAUGAGAUUGCUGAUUCCAAAACAAAACAAAACAAAACAAAAUCUCAGUAUGUAGAAAAUUCUCCUAACCUCUUCCUCUCCUUUUAAUUGUGAUAUUAUGAUGUAAUUUACAGGGUGAGAUAGAAAUGUAUCUCUUGAGGAAAUUGUAAACAUACUUUAGAUUUUGUCACUAAUGGAGCUUCAGGCAGAAUGAUUCUUUUCUCUAUAAUCAAGUAUCAUUUAGAAAAUGAUAAUAUGAAGUUCCUUAAAGUGUUCUCAGUGGUACAAACCAACCUUCCCACACUUUUUUUCCUGGAGUAGUUUAGUUGCUUAAUUAUGGUGAUUCAAAAGGAGGCAGUUUGGUUUAUCAUUGAUAUUUGUUUUUUCUUUUCAUGGGGGCUGGUCUUGUGGUCCAAGUGACAGCACUUAGCUGUGUAGGCAUGUCUACAUUUGCCCCUCCCUUAAGGAGCAUGAGAAGUGCAGAUGAGGGGUCCAGAGAUGAUUUCUCUGGGCUCCUGGCUGGAGGACUCAGAACACCAUUUCCUUUGCAGAGGCUGGAGGCCCAGCUGUGCAACAGCUGAGAGCAAUGGGGCUGUGCAGCCCUGGGUCACCACAUCCCAGUUCUCUGAUUCAGCUUUUCCUCUCCUUCCCUACACCAGCCCCAAGCAUCAGUGAUAUAAUAGUGUGAGGUUGGUGACAUGUUGAGGGCUGCAGUGAUCGGCGUAUUCCUUAUUUAGGAGUCUUUCUGAAUGCAUCUAUAUGAAAAUUAUAGAGAGGGUAGAAUCAUGAUUCUUUAUGUCAACAAAAAGUGAUACCAGUUCAAAAAAAAAAAACCACACACACUAGAUUGAAAGUAGCAAUAACUGCAUUCUGCUGUGUUCCCCUGACCUUGAAAAAGAUAUAUAACUUCUCUGCUGUGUUUUCUGUGGACUUGGGGUAACGUGUUUCCUAGAGCUGUUGUGGGGAUGAGCUAAGCCACGUGAAGUGUUCUGAACUCAUAAAGGAAUGAUGUUAAAGUAAUAAAACACCAUGCUGUUAUUACAGCAAAGGUAGUGAGGAGGAGAAGACAGAACUACAUUUUCUUCCUUAAUCUUCCAAUCUUUCCAGAUGCUGGCAGGUCUUUUUGAGUUCCCUCUCUGUUCCUUAGGUUGGAGUGGUGGGGGGUUCCAUGCUUGGGUGCAGGAUGAAUGCCUUCUACCCUCUGACCCUAUGUUCAUCAGGAAGGCCUUUGUAGGCAGCCCCUCUUGGUCGGGGGUGAAUGUGACACCCAGUGCAUAGUGCUAGGGGAACGCAAGAUCUACAGCUAGAAGAAGGCGUCUCUCCUGUGCAGGCCAAGAAGGGGCAGCCAUGGACUGUGUGCCCCUUCAGGGCUUGCCUGCUACUCCUUCACAGAACCCACCGCUGGGUGCCCAGGCUCCUCUGAUCACCCUCUAUGAGAAAGGAAAGUGAAUCCAGAGAGGCCAGUGCUUCCAACCAUACUCGUGGAGUCCAGCCGACUGGCGACGCCUUUUGGAGCAGUCUUGUGGGAGCGCAGUCGCUCCUGCCUGGUCGGCCAUGUCCUUCAGUGCCACCAUUCUCUUCUCCCCUCCCAGUGGCAGCGAGGCCAGAUGCUGCUGCUGUGCCUGUAAGAGUGAGACCAGUGGGGGCAGCACAGGCUCCCAGGGUGGGAAUCCCCCUCCCGGCACCCCCAUCACAGUGACUGGACAUGGCCUGGCAGUUCAGAGUUCAGAGCAGCUCCUGCAUAUCAUCUACCAGCGGGUGGAUAAGGCAGUGGGUCUGGCUGAGACUGCUCUGGGUCUUGCCAGGGCCAACAACGAAUUGUUAAAACGUCUCCAGGAGGAAGUAGGGGAGCUGAGGCAAGGCAAAGUGUCCAUCUCUGACGAAGAUGGGGAAAGCCGGGUCCAUGGUUCCCCACCCGUGGAGCCUGGGCCCCUCAAGGAGAGUCCCGGGGAAGCCUGCAAGGCUGUGCCUGCCUUGGAAGAGGAGUGUGACAGCGUGGGCAGCGGCCUGCAGGUGGUGAUUGAGGAGCUGUGGCCGCCGGGAGCAGCCUCCACUGUGGGGCCGGGGCCCUUGGGCUUCCCAGCCGCUGAGAGAGAACUGCGGCUCCCGGGAUGCGGCCUGGCUGCCAGCGAUGGGGCCGCGAUGCUCAAUCCCCUGGUGGAUGAUUAUGUGACCUCUGAGGGCGCUGUUCAGCGGGUGCUGGUCCCUGCUUAUGUCAAGCAGCUCUCACCAGCCACACAACUGGCUAUCCAGCGGGCAACCUCAGAGACAGGGCCAGAAAAUGGAACCAAGCUGCCACCCCCCCGCCCCGAGGACAUGCUCAGUGCUGCGGCUGUGCUGGAUGGUGCCUUGGAAGAGUCAGGUCCUGGGGGACCUGGGGAGCUGAGACCCUCUCUAGGGUUUAUGGCUUCCCCGUGCAGGACCAGAGGGAGUGGGCAGAAGAACUCCAGGCGCAAGCGGGAUCUGGUACUCUCUAAAUUGGUCCACAAUGUGCAUAACCACAUCACCAAUGACAAGAGAUUCAAUGGGUCUGAAAGCAUCAAAUCCUCUUGGAAUAUUUCAGUAGUGAAGUUCCUUCUGGAAAAACUCAAGCAGGAGCUGGUGACCAGUCCUCACAAUUACACUGAUAAGGAGCUGAAAGGAGCCUGUGUAGCCUACUUCCUCACCAAGAGGCGUGAGUACCGCAACUCCCUGAAUCCCUUUAAAGGCCUGAAGGAGAAAGAGGAAAAGAAACUUCGAAGUCGCAGAUACCGGCUUUUUGCCAACCGAUCCAGUAUCAUGAGGCAUUUUGGACCUGAGGACCAACGCCUGUGGAAGGCUGUGACAGAGGAGCUAAUGUCAGAUGAAGAGGACAGCCUUAAUGAGCCAGGCGUCUGGGUGGCCCGGCCUCCCCGCUUCCGGGCCCAACACCUCACGGAGCUCUGCUACCACCUGGAUGCCAACUCUAAGCAUGGCACUAAAGCCAACCGUGUGUAUGGGCCUCCCUCAGACCGAUUACCUUCUGCUGAGGCCCAGCUUCUUCCACCAGAACUUUAUAAUCCUAAUUUCCAAGAAGAAGAAGAUGAGGGAGGUGAAGAGAACGGGCCUGUCUCCCCAUCCUUUGACCAACCCCACAAAACCUGCUGUCCUGACUUGAACUCGUUCAUUGAGGUCAAGGUGGAAAAGGAUGAGUGAAGUGGAACCAAGAAUAACUCUGGCUUCUGCCACACCCUAUGUCCCAGAAAUGGGUGGUUGUGGGGCUUCCCGGAAUAAUGAGAUGUCUCUUGCAGUCUGAGAAAGCAGGUCUGCCUUUCUUCUGAACACAGCCCCCACUGGAAGUGGAAGCUGCCAGCUCUGGUGGGAUCAAAGGACUUACCCGGAAGGGGGAAUCUCUGCCCCCCACCCCCCACCGUGAGUGGCAAACCAGAAAAUGCUUAGUCUUAAGCAUAAACAGUGCCUCGGAGGAGUCCGGGAUGUGAAAAGGAAGAAGAUGGGUCCAAGAAACAUCAGGCCCUGACAUAUGCUCAGGUCUCUGAGUUGUGUUUCUUUCCAGCUGCACUCAAAGUUCUGGGGACGCAGCCCUGGUUGCGCCUUCUGCUUCCCCACGACUGCUGGUCUUGCUCUGCGGAGGCUGCAGCCCCGGACCAUCCAGGGUAAUGCUGCCCCCUGGUGGGCAGUUUCGGUCAUAAGCUUGAUUCUCCCGAGCGGGACACAAGCUGCAUCCCUAUUUGGUAAUUGGGAUAUAGAUAUAAUAGCUAUUGCUUAUUGAAUUAUAUAAGGCAGAUUUUAUUAUUUUAUCAUCUUACACAUGAGGAAAUUAAAGCUUAAAGAGUU